AUGCUAGCUCGUACUCAAAUUAACACUGUAAGGCGGUUCAUCAGACUAUACUCUCAAUUGCCAUUGAAAGUUUCCGUUCAAUUGCCAAAUGGUACCACAUACGAACAACCAACCGGUUUGUUCAUCAACGGUGAGUUUGUUCCAUCCAGACAGCACAAGACUUUUGAAGUUUUGAACCCAUCUACCGAGGAAGAAAUUACACACAUUUACGAAGCACGUGAGGACGACGUUGACAUUGCCGUUGCUGCCGCUAAGAAGGCAUUUGACAACGGCUGGUCCACUGCUGAGCCAGAGGAAAGAGCCAAGUGUCUACUUAAGUUGGCCGAUUUGGUCGACGAGCAUGCCGAAACCUUGGCUGCUAUUGAGUCCUUGGACAACGGUAAGUCCCUUUUCUGCUCACGUGGUGAUGUGGCGUUAGUCGCCAAGUACCUAAGAUCUUGCGCAGGCUGGGCGGACAAGAUCUACGGUAAGGUCAUCGAUACCGGUGCCGACCACUUCUCCUACUCCAAGAGAGAACCAUUGGGUGUGUGUGGUCAAAUCAUCCCUUGGAACUUCCCAUUGUUGAUGUGGUCCUGGAAGAUUGGUCCAGCCUUGGCUACCGGUAACACUACCGUCUUGAAGCCAGCUGAAGCCACUCCAUUAUCCGCUUUGUAUGCAUGUCAAUUGGUCCAACAAGCUGGUGUUCCAAAGGGUGUUGUUAACAUCAUCCCAGGUUUCGGUAAAAUCGUUGGUGAAAGAAUCUGUACCCACCCUGAUAUCAAGAAGGUCGCCUUCACCGGUUCUACCGCCACUGGUCGUCACAUUAUGAAGACUUGUGCCGACUCUGUCAAGAAGGUCACUCUAGAACUUGGUGGUAAGUCUCCAAAUAUCGUUUUCGCAGACGCUGACUUGGACAAGGCCAUCAAGAACAUUGCUUUCGGUAUCUUCUACAACUCCGGUGAAGUGUGCUGCGCUGGUUCCAGAAUCUACGUUCAAGACACUGUUUAUGAAGAAGUCCUAGAGAAGUUCAAGCAAUACGCUGAAUCCUUGAAGGUUGGUAACCCAUUCGAAGAAGGCGUUUUCCAAGGUGCUCAAACCUCCCAAAUGCAAAUUGACAAGAUCUUAUCCUACGUUGACAUUGGUCUAUCUGAAGGUGCUCGUGUCGUCACUGGUGGUGAAAGAAUCGGUAACAAGGGUUACUUCGUUAAGCCAACCAUCUUUGCUGACGUCGCUGAAGAUAUGCAAAUUGUUAAGGAUGAAAUCUUUGGUCCUGUCGUUACUGUUUCCAAGUUCACAACCGUUGACGAAGUCGUUGCCAAGGCCAACGACUCCCAAUAUGGUCUAGCCGCUGGUAUUCACACCAAGGAUGUGAACAAGGCUAUCGAUGUUUCUAACAGAAUUAAAGCCGGUACCAUUUGGAUUAACACUUACAACAACUUCCACCAAAACGUCCCAUUCGGUGGUUUCGGUCAAUCUGGUAUUGGUAGAGAAAUGGGUGCUGAAGCUUUGGACAACUACACACAAACAAAAGCUGUGAGAAUGGCCAUUGACCACCCAAACUACUAA